UUGUUUAUUAGGAGAAAAAAAACUAUUGUUUAGUUUCAGUCUAAACCCAUGUUUGCCGCUGUCUAUAUAAUCAUCCUCCUACCUAAUGUACUCGUAAGCUAUCUUCAUCCCAAAUUCAAUUCUCAAAUCAGCUUAGAGGUUUAUCCUUGCCUCUCCGACUGUAAUUAACCUGUUUUAAGUUGAGAAAUGGAUGUUUACAAGAGAGGUUUCAUAUCUGAAACUUCAAGAAGUGAAGAAGAGAUGGAGCUAAGGAAAGGUCCAUGGACUGAAGAAGAGGACUCCAUGCUUAGGGCGUAUGUCAAUAUCCACGGCGAAGGUCGCUGGAACGCUGUUGCUCGCUUAUCAGGAUUGAGAAGAACCGGUAAAAGCUGCAGAUUGAGAUGGCUGAACUAUAUGCGACCAGAAAUCAAACGAGGAAACAUCAGCCUCGAAGAGCAGCUAUUGAUUCUUGAACUCCAUUCUCGCUGGGGGAACAGGUGGUCGAAAAUUGCACAACACUUGCCUGGAAGAACAGACAAUGAAAUAAAGAAUUAUUGGAGAACAAGAGUCCAGAAGCAGGCCAAGCAGCUUAAUUGUGACGUUAACAGCAAACAAUUCAAGGACGCCAUGCGUUACGUUUGGAUCCCCCGUUUAGUUGAACGGAUCCGUGCUUCAUCCGAGUCUCCCUCGAGUCAGCCUUCUACCACCACCAACACCACCUACAAUGAUCGUAUCAGCAACAUAAGCAGCAGUCAAAUGAGCUACGCAAAUGCGAGUGGGUCGGUCCAGGUUGACCCAAGUCUUCUGCCCGAAUUAUCAGGCACGUCAUCAGACUCCCUCGACACCCAAGUCUCUUCCGUUUCGGACCUGACCGAUUGUUACAAUCCACAAAGCCUUUCAAACUACUUACACAAGGGGUUAGGUUUGGAAAAGGAGGGAGCGGCCACAUGGGGCAGAGAUGAAGAAUUCCAGGCGACAGAGGAGCAUAGCAAUGGUUGGUUGGUUGGUGGUGGGGAGUCAUCGAUGGACACUGUGUGGAAUGAAGAGAAUGUUUGGUUUUUACAGCAGCAGCUUCAUGAUGGGAUCUAACCACAUGAAUUCGCUAGCGUGACGGUUCCACUUUUUCUAUUUUAAACCAUUGUCCCCAUACUGUUAUCGGAUGAUGGAGAAUAUGAAAAACACAAGUUUCGACUAACAUCGCCAAAUGCACUGCCUUUAGAAUGUAAAUGAUUCACGCAACAUUGUCAGGGUUUAUAUGUAGCAUUAAUUAUUAGUGUGUUCUGAAGAAAUAUCUUUUGCUCUGCUCUAA